AUGGAGGUCGAAUGGUUUGAUCACCCAGAAAAUUCAAGUGGAGCAAUCGGUGCAAGGCUGUCAGCUGAUGCAGCGAAAGAGCUAUCCCUCAUCAUCUUAGCUUUAAUACCACUCAUUGGCCUAAAUGGAUGGAUCCAGAUGAAGUUUAUUCAGGGUUUCAGUGCAGAUGCAAAGAUGAUGUAUGAAGAGGCAAGCCAGGUGGCUAAUGAUGCAGUAAGCAGCAUAAGAACAGUGGCCUCAUUCUCAGCUGAAGAGAAGGUCAUGGAUUUGUACAAGAAGAAAUGCGAAGGUCCCCUAAGAACAGGAAUCAAGACAGGGAUUAUAAGUGGAAUCGGUUUUGGAGUUUCCUUUUUCUUGCUAUUUGGGGUAUAUGCAGCUAGCUUUUAUGCUGGUGCUCGGCUUGUUGAAGACAGGAAGACAACCUUUCCUAAAGUUUUCAGGGUUUUUCUUGCUCUUGUAAUGGCGGCAAUUGAAGUGUCUCAAUCAAGUACCCUUACAUCGGAUUCUUCCAAAGCAAAAUCAGCUGCAUCUUCUAUAUUUGCAAUUGUAGACCGAAAAUCGAGAAUAGACCCAAGUGAGGAUGCAGGGACUGUUGCGCUUGUUGGAGAGAGUGGUAGUGGCAAAUCAACAACAAUUUCGUUGCUUCAGAGGUUCUAUGACCCAGAUGUAGGCCAUAUACUACUAGAUGGUGUGGACAUACAAAAGUUCCAGCUUAGGUGGUUAAGGCAACAAAUGGGCCUGGGGUAUGACACAAUGGUUGGAGAGCGUGGAGCUCAGUUGUUAGGAGGGCAGAAGCAGCGUGUGGCGAUCGCUCGUGCAAUCGUGAAGGACCCUAGGAUCCUGCUUCUGGACGAAGCGACUAGUGCACUGGAUGCUGAAUCUGAGCGGAUCGUCUAG